CUUACUCGUGCUCUGCCUGUCCUGCUCACAUAUCCCUCGCCAUUUUCAUUAUUCUUCUUACACCUUUACUCCUCCUCCACAUAAAUACGAUCACUACCUACAACAGGGGAUGCGGGAAACAAUGGGGAAUGCUCUAGCAGGGGCCCUGUUAAUCCUCUUCCUCUUCCAAAUAUACUCAAUUUCAGCUGCCACAAAUUACAUGAUCUCCUGGGAUGACCUUAAUGCAGGGGACUACUUGUCUAACUAUGACCGUACUACCCAGUUCGUAGUAGUGGCUAAGGAUGGCAGCGGCCAUUGCAGGACAGUUCAGGGAGCUGUCGAUUCCAUUGCAGAGGGGAAUCGCCGGCGGGUGAAGAUUCUCAUACGGGCCGGCAUAUACAGGGAGAAGGUGAGGAUUCCGGCAACGAAACCAUUUGUCUCCUUCAUCGGCGAAGGGAGAGGAAAAACAAUUCUGUCUUGGAACGACAGUGCGUCACACAGAGGAGCAGACGGGCGGUCUCUAGGCACCUCUGGUUCUGCUUCUAUUACCAUCGAAUCUGACUAUUUUUGUGCUAAAGGCAUCACUUUUGAGAACAGGGCUCCAUCGGCUGCGCCAGGGGCGAAGGGAAUGCAAGCAGUUGCGCUGCGCGUAGCGGGAGACAAAGCUGUUUUUAUGGAGUGCCGAAUGGUGGGAAAUCAAGACACCCUUUUUGAUGACAGCGGCAGACAUUUUUUCUGGAAGUGCUCCAUUCAGGGCUCCAUUGAUUUCAUCUUUGGGAAUGCCAGAUCUCUCUACCAGAAUUGCUUACUCCGUGCAAAUGCGGCGAGUUAUGGAGCCAUUGCAGCGUCGCAGAGGAGCUCAGCAAAUGAGAGAACGGGAUUCUCCUUUGUGAGUUGUAGAGUGAAAGGGUCGGGAAUUGUGUAUCUGGGCCGAGCAUGGGGUAGUUAUGCUACAAUCGUCUAUUCUCUCUGCAACUUCGACCACAUUAUAAAUCCGCAGGGAUGGUAUGACUGGGGUGACGCCUCCCGGAGAAGGACAGUUAUGUUUGGAGAGUAUAAAUGCAAUGGAGCGGGCGCAGACAGGAGAGGGAGAGUCCCAUGGGCGAUCUCUCUUUCAUCCAAACAAGUCAAACCAUAUCUUGGCCGUCAAUUCAUCGACGGUCAAGAUUGGCUUGAGCUUUAGAACCCACAUACUUCACUUCAUGUAGUAGCAAUUAGACCCAUAAGUUCAAUGGGCAUGCUCAUUUAAACUCCUACAUUAUUUGAAAUGAAAUUUUAAUUAUAAAUUAUCAAAGAAUACAAAAAUGGUAUGGGGAUUUCUUUAGAUAUA